ACUAACGCAUCGUCGUCUGCGAAGACUGCGAAACCCAAACCCCAGACUCAGCGACAGAGAGCAGCCAGUAGCCUCCUCCGCCGCCACCCAUGUCAGGAGGAGGGAUCGCGCGGGGCCGCCUCGCGGAGGAGCGCAAGGCCUGGCGCAAGAACCACCCCCAUGGAUUCGUCGCGAAGCCGGAGACGGUGGCCGACGGGUCGGUGAAUCUCAUGAUCUGGAACUGCACCAUCCCCGGAAAGCAGGGGACUGAUUGGGAAAGUGGAUACUACCCACUUACUCUCCACUUCAGUGAGGACUACCCUAGCAAACCUCCCAAGUGCAAGUUCCCGCAGGGUUUUUUCCACCCAAAUGUCUAUCCUUCAGGGACGGUCUGCCUCUCGAUUCUUAAUGAGGAUAGUGGUUGGAGACCUGCCAUCACUGUUAAGCAGAUUCUAGUUGGAAUACAGGAUUUGCUUGAUCAACCUAAUCCAGCUGAUCCUGCCCAGACUGAUGGUUAUCACCUCUUUAUCCAGGAUCCAGCAGAGUACAAGAGACGCAUUCGGCUGCAGGCCAAGCAGUACCCUGCUCUGGUUUGAGGAUCCAACGUAGCAGUCUAAAAUCAUAAAUUACCGCACCUGAAAAUAUGAAGUAUGACUAAAUAUAACCGAAAGCGGGGUAUUGUGGAGAGCUUUCCAUUGUGACCGUGGACAUUUGUGACGUGUGGUCUGGUGUUGACCAAACAAAAAUCAGGUCCUUCUGCUUGAAUGAUGGAUGUGUGGAUACUUUUAAACUUGACUCCUUGAUUGUGUCUUCUUGA